CAACUUGUGAAUGUGAAGUUGUUUUGAAAUAUUUUAAUUAAACUGCAUGGCAAAAAAUAUUAUAAUUUAUUUAAGUGCCUAGUAAUAAUUAUGUUUAUAGCAUAGAUAAUCUGUAAAAGAUAAUGUAAACCUUAUAAUUUUAAAAGAAACUAGGUAUUUAAUCAAAUAAAAAACAUAAAUGUGUGGUGACUAUUGACGUACUUUUGGUACCUAUAUAUUUCAUUCAGUUACAAACAUUCUUAAAUAUUUGUUAAAAUGGGGAAGAAGACUAAAGUUGGAAAGCAGCGGAAGGAUAAAUAUUACCAGUUAGCUAAAGAAACUGGUUACCGCUCAAGAGCCGCUUUUAAGUUAAUUCAGCUGAACAGAAAGUUUGGUUUUCUUCAAAAGUCGCGAGUAUGCAUCGACCUGUGCGCGGCGCCGGGCGGCUGGAUGCAGGUGGCGCACCAGAACAUGCCGCUGUCCUCCAUCGUCAUCGGCGUGGACCUGUUCCCCAUCAAGCAGGUGCCCGGCUGCAUCGGGCUCACGGAGGACAUCACCACUGAGAAAUGUAAAACAGCCAUUAAGAAAGAAAUAAAAACUUGGAAAGCAGAUGUGGUACUGCACGACGGAGCCCCCAACGUGGGUCUGAACUGGCUGCACGACGCCUACCAGCAGGCCAGCCUCACGCUCAGCGCCCUCAAGCUGGCCACGCACUUCCUGCGCGAGGGAGGCUGGUUUGUCACUAAAGUGUUCAGAUCAAAAGACUACCAUGCACUAUUGUGGGUUUUAAAACAGUUUUUCAAAAAAGUUCAUGCUACAAAACCACAGGCAUCUCGUAAUGAGUCAUCUGAGAUUUUCGUAGUUUGUCAAGGCUAUAUUGCACCAGACUCUAUUGACCACAAAUUCCUUGAUCCGAAAUACGUGUUUGAAGACUUAGAUAUUGUGAAGAAACAACACACAAACAUUUUGCAUCCUGAGAAACAGAAGAAAGCCAAAGCUGAGGGCUACCAGGAGGGAGACUACACGACGCACCAUGCGGUCAGCGUCGCCGCCUUCCUGAGCCAGGAUGACCCCAUUGACCUGCUGCAGGGCUGCUCGCAGAUUGUAAUAGAUGACCCAGAAAUAGAAAGUCAUCCAAAAACUACACUAGAAAUCAAAGAAUGCUGUAAAGAUAUCAAAGUGUUGGGAAGAAAAGAUUUGAAACUUAUCCUCAGUUGGGUUAAACAUCUGAAGGAAUGGAAGAAAGCACAGGAGCCUGCAGCGGAGGCGGCGCCGGCGGCGGCGGCGGAGGACGCGGACAGCGACGCGCCCAGCGACGCCGACGAGGAACAAGUCGUGGAUAAGGAAAUUGCUGAUCUACAGGAGGAGGAGCGGCGGCUGUCGAAGCGCAAGCGCAAGCAGGUGAACAAGCAGCGCGCGCGCCUCGCGGAGAAGAUGAACCUCAAGAUGGUGCUGAAGGGCGACGGCGGGCCCGUCAUGGAGAGCAACGACAUGUUCACGCUCGCCGACAUCAAGAACGACCAGCAACUGAGCGCGAUGGUGGACAUGGCCCCGGACAUGGUGGCGGGCGCGCCCGGGCCGGACUCCGACGACGAGGAGCCGAGCAGCCGCCGCAAGCGCGUGGCCUACGACGUGGAGGCGUCGCGCCUGCACCCCUCCGGCCUCUACUACCGCGACUCCGACAGCGAGCUCGAGCUCGAGACCGACUCCGAGACGGAAGAGAACAAGGAGAGCCUCGCCUUCUCCGACUCGGACACAGAAACUAAUAAGAAGAAGAAGAAGAAGAUCGAUAAGAUAACUCAGCAGAACACGCUGGAGAACAGCCGUCCCCCCCGCGCGGCCGCCGCGCCCCGCGGACACCCGCUGCUGACGGACCUGGACCCGCUCCCGGCCCCCGCGCGCCGCGCCCGCGCCGCCGAGCGCUGGUUCCAGCAGGACGCCUUCCAGACGCUGGAAGCGGACCACGACGAGGCCGCCGACCUCGACCGACUCGCCAACAACUUCAAGCAGAAAGGUAAAACAGUAAUAGAAGACAGCGUGAAGGAGGCGGGCGCGAAGAGGAAGCGCGCGGCGGCGGAGAGCUCGGACGAGUCGGCCAGCGACAGCGACUACGACGUGGAGGACACGGUCGCAGGCGCGGGGGGCGCGGGGGCCGGGGCGGGGGGCGCGGGAAAGGUCGGCAAGAAGGACGACUUUGAAGUGGUGCCACAGGAUGCAGAUCUAAAGCGUCUGAAGAAGACGUUGAAGAUGGACCCCGAGACGCUGGCGCUGGGCUCGAUGCUGGCGGGCAGCCGGCGCUUCCGCCGCGACCUCGCCGACGACGCGUGGAGCCGCUACGCCUUCAACGACGCCGGCCCCGACUGGUUCGCGCAGGACGAGGAGAAGCACAUGCGCCGCCCCAUAGCCGUGCCAGAGACGUACACGGAGGAGUACUCGAAGAAGCUGCAGGCGAUCAACGCGCGGCCCAUCAAGAAGGUGGUGGAGGCGAAGGCGCGCAAGAAGCAGCGGCUCGUGAAGAAGAUGGAGCGCGCCAAGAAGAAGGUGGAGGCCGUGCUGGAGAACGGGGACAUGUCCGAGCGCGAGAAGGCGCAGCAGAUCCGCGGGUUGUACAAGAAGGCGCAGACGGAGACGAAGAAGAAGGUGACGUACGUGGUGGCGAAGAAGCACACGACGGCCAAGCGCAUGAAGCGGCCCGGCGACGUGAAGGGGCGCUACCGCGUCGUGGACCCGCGCAUGAAGAAGGACAUGCGCGCGCAGAAGGCCAAGGAGAAGACCAUGAACCGCGGCAAGGGCAAGGGCGGCAAGGGCGCCCGGGGCGGCAAGGAUAAGGGCGGCAAGACCAAGCCGGCCAAGCCCCGCCCCAUGCCCAAGCACAAGGGGAAGAAAGGGAAAUCUAAAUAACUUCCGCUGCGAGUAAUAGCAAACAGAUUUGUAAAAUAGUUCAUGUUACAUUUAUUUUAUUAUGUAUAAGAUUCAAUACAUAACUUUAUAAACUAUA